UCUGCGACCAGCGGGAAGUCCGCAUCAAGUGUAGUCAAGCCAGCUUUUUUUUACUUUGGAUUUGAGAAAGUUGUGCGAAAGCAAACAGCUUCGGGGAGAGCUGACAUGCUUCGUUCGUUCUUCGUUUUGCUUUGGCUCCAGAACUACUUGGAAAGGUCUGGUGUUCUCUCCCAAACACAAACGUUUUGCAACGGCGGGACGUGUUACAGUUUGCACUGGGAUGGAGGUUCCUUUGCCCGGGCAAAGGAGAGGUGUGAAGCUAACAAAGGAGUUCUUACCUCCAUGGAGAGUGAGCGCGAAGCAGAGAACAUUCGGCAGCUUUUAGCAAGAAAUGCGAAUGCCUCGCUCCAGCCCCAUUACCUGUGGAUUGGACUUCACCUGAAGGUCAAACAGUGUUACAUCGCUGAACAGCCCCUGCGAGGAUUUACAUGGAUCAGCGGGAAUGACAGUUCCACCUACAACCCCUGGAUCGAGGAACCGCUGCAAACCUGCACUCACGACAGAUGCGUGGCACUUGUGGCAAACUUCACAACACGAGUACAACUCAAGUGGAAUGCUUUAGCGUGUAACGCCAAAAGUUGCGAAGGUUUCAUCUGUAAGUAUCAGUUGUGCGAAAGCCUAAGUGCUGAUGUGGGAACGGUCGCUUACAGCCUUCCUUUACACACUCGCAGCCAGUUCUUCCCUCGUGUUCCCAGAGAUUCGGCUGCACUCAUUACUUGCAGCAAUGGCAAGUCAGUUGCUGUGAGAUGUGGGCUACAGCGGGGGCAAAUUAAAUGGUUAUAUUCGGGAAACUUGGAAUCUCUAUGCAACAGCUGUGGGGAAAUUACAAAAAAUGACUUUUGUCAAAAUAGAUGUUUUCGGACGGCCGAGGAGGACUUCUGUUUCUGUGACAAGGGUUUCUCAGCGAAUCUUCAUCUGUACAGAUGCGUUUCCGAGGCAGACUUGGAAAACAGUUUCAACGCGUCGUACGGGACUUUCCUGAAAGUUGAGAUCCCAGUUGCCAACCCCAUUUCCCCUGCUACCUCAAUAUCAGCGCCCACUUCAUCAAUAACUUUGCCCGGCCAUGCUGACAAUUCUACGACCACCUUUCGUUCAGAUGUCAGAGGCUUAGAGAGCGAGGCCCGCUCUAACGCGCCCUUCCUGCUCUACCAAGUUUUUAUUGGGGUCCUAGCUCUGAUGCUGCUGGUUGCAGUUGCGGUUAUAAUUAUCAUGAAGCGGGAGAACAAGGGUGCUCAGGAAAAGCAACUUCAGGCAUUUCGAAUGGAAAUCAAAAAUGCGGAUUCUGCGCUCCGAGAAGACGAAAACGCCCCAGAGAAUACCACCAUAAAUAUUACAAAUGAAAACCAUUACAUGGAGACACCUCCGGCGAGUGAAAAAGAGUUUAACUUGCCCAAGGAAAAUGGUGAAAUAAGUGUUUCGGUAGCACAGUGAGGAACCACACGGAGGUGCUCUGUCUAACGCUGUGACCCAUAACUGGCCCAGUGUCCAAGUUCACUUAAAUGUGCGUUAGAUCUUUCUUUAAAGUGCAAUGGUCAGUCAAAGUGGCCAGCACCUUUCCUGUAAAGGAAACUCAAGUAAUACUAGACAGUUCUAAAAGGCUGGACGACAGAAAUGGUGCCUGUGUUACUUAUCCAUUGUAUGUUGAAUCAUAUAUAUGCCUAGGUAUUUCAAAUGGAGAUACGAGAGAGAGAGAGAGCAGUUGCUGGAGAUCUGUAGCAACACACGCAAAUCGGCGGAGGAACUCCAGAUCAGGCGGCACUCAUAGAGAGAAACAAACAGUUGACGUCUCAGUCCUGCUGAAGGGUCUCAGUCCAAAACGACGACUGUCCAUUGCUCAAGCGGAAUGGUUCGGCGCGCCGACUGAAAUUGUGUGAAUUACUCUGUAAUCCUCUGGCUGACUUGGAUGCUUCCAGUAGAUUUGUAUAAACAUUACAGUGACUGGGACAUACAGAAAACGUGGUCAUUUAGUUACUAGCUGUGCAAAUAUGCCAACAGGCGCGAGAAUUCAAUAGGCAACACAAACCACGUAGUUCUGUUGACAUUGAUCUGAUGAGUAAAUCUCGUUUCCAGGAAACACGCGGCUGCACGGAUGCUGUUAAAAUACGAACACUCCACACCAGAGGAAAGGGAUGCACCCCAAAUUUAUUGCGAGUUUAUAUUAAAUGGAUAUGUGUAUUUGAAUUUAAAUGUUAAAGAAGUUAACGACGAUCUCCGCGGAACAUAAACGUACUAUUUAUAUUAGUCAGAGAAUGGAUCGAUCCAGUCUAGUGGUCAACAUUCGCAGGGCACAUUGUGGCAAAAUAAAAACCCACACAGCAUCGGUUUUGAAGCGAACACAUUCUUUAAACAAGAUUUUCCUGAGAGGCCCUGCCAGGCAAUAUUACAUCAGUGACCAUCAAGGAGAUUGCAGCUUGGAUAUGAAUCACUAGUGUGUUCCAUGCCGAAGGAUUUACUGCCUUGUUUCCUCAUGAAAAUGAACGACAGAUAUUAACACGAGAGAUUCUAGAGAUCGUGGUAAUGCUGAGCAACACACACGGAAUACUGGGGAAAGGCAGCCGGUCGGGCAGAGUCGAUGGCAGGAAAUAAUGUUCCGGGCAGACACUUUAUCACGACUGGAAAAGAAGAGAGCAGAAGGCAGAAUAAGAAGAUGGGAGGGGGGGGGGGGGGUGA